CCCUUUCAUGGAAAUUUCAAAUAAGGGAGUGUCAGAUAGAUUUUGCACAUAUAAUUGCUGGGAAACGAUCCAGGGUUACAGAGUACUAUAAGAAGCAAAAAGAGCUCUUUGAAGGGUUCAGCGAAAUGGAGGCCAUGACUGAAACAGGUGGUUGUCCUGGAAGUCUCACAGAGGAUGAAAUGAAGCAGCUUGCUCGGAGUGAGAGGAUGGCAAUUCAUGCAUCAAAUAUAGCUAAUUUGGUGCUUUUUGGAGCAAAGGUUUUUGCUUCUAUUGAGAGCAGAUCAUUGGCAGUUAUUGCAUCUACCUUGGAUUCCCUCUUGGAUCUCUUGUCAGGGUUUAUUUUGUGGUUCACCACAUAUUCCAUGAGAAACCCAAACCAGUAUCACUAUCCAAUUGGAAAAAGACGGAUGCAGCCAGUGGGUAUCAUUGUUUUUGCAUCGGUAAUGGCAACUCUUGGAUUGCAAAUCUUGCUAGAGUCUGUUCAACAAUUAUUGAGUAAGUCCCACCCUGAAAUGGAUGAAGAACAGGAGAAAUGGGUAAUUGGGAUUAUGGUUUCUGUUACAGUUGUGAAGUUUGUGCUCAUGGUUUACUGUCGAAGAUUUAAAAACAAAAUUGUUAGAGCAUAUGCACAAGAUCAUUUUUUUGAUGUUAUUACUAAUUCAAUUGGUUUAGCAGCAGCUGUUUUAGCCAACAAAUAUUACUGGUGGAUUGAUCCCACUGGAGCUAUUACGAUAGCAUUGUAUACAAUAAAUACAUGGGCAAAGACAGUCAUUGAGAAUGUAUGUUCCCUAAUUGGAAGAACAGCACCUCCUGAUUUCUUGGCAAAGAUAACAUAUCUUAUAUGGAACCACCAUGAAGAAAUCAAGCACAUUGACACAGUUAGAGCAUACACUUUUGGUUCUCACUACUUUGUUGAGGUUGACAUAGUAUUGCCAGAAGACAUGUUUCUGAACAAAGCUCAUAAUAUUGGUGAGACACUCCAAGAGAAGCUUGAGCUACUCCCUGAAGUUGAACGAGCUUUUGUACAUAUAGAUUUUGAGUUUACACACAGGCCUGAACACAAGGCCAAGCUAUAAUAUCACUAAAUUCUCUAGGAUGAUAACAAGUUGUCAUAAGCUAAGAGUUCAGUCUUCUUUUUCUGAAGGGACUUUUAAGAAUUAACAAUCUUCAAGUUGUUGAAUCUCCUAUAUAAAUCUCCUACCUGCAUUAUUA